UUUCAUAACUUUACAAACUAUGGAUCUGUCAUUAGGCUAAAUUAGGUUAUAUAAUAUUUACCAAGCCAACCUAUUCCAACCUAUAGCUUGACUUGAUCUAGGCAGACGAAUCUGUCCUAAUGUAAACCUAAUGUAUCCUAACCCUUUUUUGAAUAGCACUGGAUCGAUUUGUUGGGUCACAUGCCAAAGCAACGACAUAAACUUUACAGAUGACGUUUGAUAAAUCCUAGCAUGAUAAGAGAAAUCUUGAGCAACUUGCCUGAGAAAUCAUUUGAGAUGAAUUGGUGUGUUCUGUUCUUUGUUAGCAUAAAAACAAACAAACAAAGACAGUGCAGUCUGGAUGAACUUCAUAUUUGCCAGAUUGUUUUGGAAGAAUGCCAGAAAUAGCAAGUGAAGAUAUAUGUCGCGUUUGUAGAUGCGAGGGUUCCAGCGACCGUCCUCUGUUCCACCCCUGCAUCUGUACUGGUAGCAUUAAGUUUAUCCAUCAAGAUUGUUUAGUGCAAUGGCUUCGUUAUUCCCGCAAAGAGUACUGCGAACUCUGCAAACAUCGCUUCCACUUCACACCAAUAUACUCGCCAGACAUGCCCAAGAGAUUACCCAUAGCAGACAUCCUAGCUGGUUUAGCACGCAGCAUGGGCACAGCCAUCCGUUACUGGCUGCACUACACAUUGGUUGCUGUGGCAUGGCUUGGGGUUGUACCGCUGACAGCCUGCAGAAUAUAUCGUUGCCUCUUCACAGGCUCAGUUUCCUCAGUGCUCACACUACCACUUGACAUGCUUUCAACGGACAACUUAGUGUCAGAUAUCUUCCAUGGGUGCUUUGUCGUGACAUGCACACUAAGUGCUUUUAUCAGUCUGGUCUGGUUGCGGGAACAGAUCCUCCAUGGGGGAGGGCCAGACUGGCUAGAUCAAGAAAUACAGCAUGAGCAUGAGCCACCUGGAAAUUUUGGAGCAGUCAAUCAAGUGAAUGGACAAAUUCCAGUGCCAGUGGCCAAUGAAAAUGUUGCGCCGCAGCAGCAAGAAGUGGCCAACGAAAACCUGGACAUCAAUGAUGAUCCAGGCAAUCAAGAGCUGGCUCCUGUUCCAGCAAAUCAAAAUAUAGGGGAAGGAGGAGAGGGUGAGAUCCUCCAUGAGGGAGCUCCAGGCAACAACAACCUUGACCCAGGAGCUGCAGCAGAUGACCUCAACUGGAACCCCAUAGAGUGGGACAGGGCCGCCGAGGAGCUCACCUGGGAGCGUCUACUGGGUCUCGACGGCUCACUCGUGUUUCUGGAGCAUGUGUUUUGGGUGGUCUCCCUCAACACUAUGUUCAUACUUGUCUUUGCAUUUUGUCCAUAUCACAUCGGGCACUUUACCAUAGUUGGUUUUAAGCUAAAAGCGUGGGUGUCUGCAUCACAUUUUGAGGAAAAUAUUUUACUAAUUGUUUUUCUUUUUUUUUCACCCUGUAGGUCAAAGCGUGUCCUAGGUUUAUGUUACGUUGUAGUUAAAGUUGCUCUGCUGAGUGUAGUGGAGAUUGGGGUCUUCCCGCUGAUAGGUGGCUGGUGGCUGGACAUUUGUUCCUCCUCUUUUGAUGCAACGCUAAAGGACCGAGAGGUGAGCUUUAAGAUGGCGCCAGGCACAUCCAUGUUCAUCCAUUGGCUGGUGGGGAUGGUGUACGUCUUCUACUUUGCUUCGUUUAUCCUCCUCCUGCGGGAAGUGCUGAGACCAGGUGUGCUGUGGUUCCUCAGGAAUCUCAAUGAUCCAGACUUCAAUCCUGUUCAAGAGAUGAUCCACCUGCAUGUGCGCCACACCCGACGUUUCUUGGCCUCCAUGGUCAUAUUCGGUUCCACAGUGUUGUUGAUGCUGUGGCUUCCAAUAAAGAUCAUUCAUGGACUAUGGCCUUCCUUUUUACCAUAUCAUAUUACACUCUCAAGUGAUACCCCAGUGAGUGAGCUGUCGCUGGAGCUGCUGUUGCUCCAGGUGAUACUCCCAGCACUGCUAGAACAAGGUCAUACUCGAGUUUGGCUCAAGCUCUUGGUCAGACACUGGUGUGCCGCUGUGUCUCACAUUCUUGGAUUGAGAUCAUACUUGCUUGGCGAUGUGGCUCUUGACGCUCAGGGAGGUGGUGUUGUGAUUGGUGGUGACACAGUUGGAGCUGCUGGAGAAGGUGUGCAGCUGUGCGGCUGCUCCUCCAGUAGAAGUAGAGCAGGCUGAUCCCGAGCGGUGGAAGGCCUGGUGAACCCUGUUGUUGGAGGGCCUGGAGGUGGAGAUGCCUUGGGAGGAGGCCUUGGCGCAGCACAUCAGGCAUUGCUCCAGCGAGAUGGACCGACUGGUUUCCAGGCUUAUGUACGGCCGAGAUGGUUUGGUGUGCGUAUCUUGGGCUUGGUGGUCAUGAUGUGCGUGAGCUUGACAGCAGCAUCCAUUAUAUGUCUGACACUUCCAGUCUUAGUGGGUCGGCAGUGCAUGUAUCUUGCCCUUGGUGACACCAAAGUUCAUGAACUCUACACUGGUGCAUGUGGUCUGUACCUGUGUUUGCUUAGUAUUCGAGGCAUCACUCUCCUCAUCUCAUGGAUAAUGCUGGGAUGGUCACAAGUCAUCCUGCGCUUGAAGCAAUGGGGCAUCAUGGGCACCAAGGCACUAGUGGCGCUAGUGGUUGUGGCGGUAAUUGUGCCAUUGAGUGGCGUUCUCAUGGAGUUGGUCAUUGUUAUCCCUCUGAGAGUUCCCCUCCAUCAGACGCCAAUCAUCUUCCUCUGGCAGGACUGGGCCCUGGGUGUCCUGUACACAAAGAUCAUGUGUGCAUUGGUCAUGAUGGGUCCAAACUGGUGGCUCAAGACAAAUCUGGAACAUAUCUACUUGGGUGGAGUACGUGGCCUGGACCUGAACCUCCUUGUGGGCCAAACGGCACUUCCAGUCAUUGCAAGCCUAGGUGCCUGUCUCACCAUUCCCUAUGUCACAGCACACACACUGGCCCUCUCUUUGUACCCCCUAGUGCACUGGAAACACAUUUUGUUUUUAUUUUAUAAGGUCCUGGUGGAGCGUCGCAUAUAUCCUGCACUGUUGAUCAUAACACUGCUGUCUACCCUCAUCAUCAUGCAAGUUGUACAGUUCACCCGUCUUUACGAACACAUAAAAAAUGAUAAGUACCUGGUUGGGCGGCGACUCGUGAACUACGACCAUACUAGCACCCAGACCUCUUCCCCAAGGCUCGAAAGCGAGAUCACCCCAUUUGUCAGGUGAAGGUGACAGGAGUAGGAGGUAGAUGCCCUAAAGUAUGCCUGUGAAUGGAAGUUAUAUAUUUUGUCUAGGUGUGGUACCUGGCAUUUCAAAAGAGCAAGAAGAGGAGAAGUUACACAGAAGAAAGAAAUGAAAUUCUGGUCUGAUUGUGUAAUGAUUUAUUGUUAUUAUUGUCAUCAUCAUAAUUAUUAUUAUUAUUAAUCUUUGUAAAUAUAUUCUCAUGGUCUGAGUAAGUCAUUUAGGUACCUUGUCUCAUACUUCGAAACCCAAGUAUUCAGUGUGUAAUAUGUCUCUGAAGCGAGACACAUGUACCCUCCAGGAAGUGUGUGGGUUAGGCUUUCCUGGUUAGAGCGUUAGUUUGUCUGAUGGAAAUUCAACGACGGGUAGGGAAGAUUUAUGAAAAGUAAAAAGAACGCUUGUGUUUAUAUUUGAUUUCGCAUACAAUAACUUGAAGGGAUUUUAGUUACUGUCUAGAUUGCAUAUUAUAUUCCUUUAUGUGUAUGAUAUACAGUAAAAACUAUUAUCACAUGAAAUAGUUCUAUAUAUUUUUAGAAAUAAAAGAAGUAUUGGAGAAUGUAUUUUUGGGUGGGAGAAUGUAUUUUAUUAUUAUCAUUAUUAAUUUAUUCUUUUUGAUGAUGAUGAUUAUGAUAAUGGUUUUAUUUUUGCAUUUUUUUUCUGAUCAUUGGAAAUUUAUUUAUUUGCAAAGAUUUUAUAUAAAAAAAUAUUUUAUAGUGUAAAUAAUAUUUAAUAAAUGGACAUUACAUGCAAUGCACAAAACUAAAAGGAUAGUUUGUGAGGCCUUCUUGUAUUUAUUAAAUUUGUCACAAAGAAAAGAAGAAAAAAAAUACACGAGUAAUGUUUCACAGUGGGAAUAAUAAAACUUUUUUGUGAUGUAAUUUUAAGAAGAUUACAGAGUCAUUAUUUUGCUGGUACAUGAUUGCAUUACGCAUUAGAAUAUGGAUACAAAACUGACACUAACUGAGAGACUGAUGUUUUCAGUCUACUUGCUAAAAUUAUGUUAUUGUCAUGAUCCAUUGUGUGAAGUGUGUACAACUAAUCUGUGAUGCAAAGAGCAUUUAGUCAUGUUUAUGUACUUUAUUAUCAAUAUGUCUCUUUUUUUUCUCUCACUCUUUUAAUUCAUGUAAAGAGGAGGUUCACAUAUGCCAGAGAAGUGAUAGCAUGUUUUUACUGUAUUGAUACAGCAGCCAUUUAUUAUCUCAGUAAUAUGAGGUGUAUAUAUAUAUAUAUCUAUAUAUAUAUAUGUAAAGUUUGCAAUAGAGGCUCUUCAGGCAAUUUUUGUACUUGUCUUGUGAUACAUGAAUAGGUUGCUUCCUUUCAUGAUUUUGAUAAUUAUAGGAGUGUGUUCUCUGGAAAGAAAUUUGCAAAUGUAUUUAUCGAUUUCCAAAUAAGUAGAAACUUAAUUGAUUUUGCAUUUUACAAUAAGAAAGCUUUUUUUUUCUUUCUUUCUUUCAAAAUUAAUAUAUGCAGCAGCAGUCUUAAGCAGAAAUUACUUAAACGUAGUGUUACUUAACUUUCCAAAUAUUACUGGUUUGGUUUUUCUGUUCUUCCGUUUAAGUGUUAAUUGAACAGAUGCUGAUAUAGUUUGUGAGGGCUUAUAAUGUACAGUAAGAAGUUUGCAGGUUACACAAAGAGUUCAGUGUCACACUCAGAAAAGAAGUUUUAUUGCAUUAUUUUUCACAAGAUCACACAUGAAUAUUACCUGAUGACCAAAGGAGUGUGCUUUGGGUUCUACUGUGCUGGAGGCUAUGGCUCUUGAGAAUUGCAAAAUAUUAGUCCAUUCGUUAAAGAUCUUUAAACAUAUGACAUCAGCAGAUACAAGUGGACCACUCAGUUCGUGUGUAGGUCAGUUUAAUGUGUUUUUUUUUUAAAGUUACAGAAAAGCUUGAUCAUGUUUCCUUAAAUUGUUAGUUAUGUACAAAGAGUUGCAUAAGACAAUGGCUGGAAUAGGAAGUCGAUUGAAGACGAGUACAUAAAUGUGUAUGGCAGAUCACUACCAAUGGAUCGUCAGGUGCACAAGGAAUGAUUUCACCAACUACAUUGUGUACAGGUAGUUGCUUCCUUCUUAUCCAGAGAAGUGCAUGUAGUGUGUGUCUGUCUCUCACUUGGAGUUACUAUUUGCACAGUUUUCUCCCUGGUAAGACUCAUGGCAGACCUAAUAAAAAUGCAGGAAAGUAUAUAUUCUACAAUUUACUGGUAUGCAUCUCGCUGUGUAGUCUUUUCUUUGCCAACUAGAAGAAAGAAAAUGAAAGGACAAAAAAAAAAAUAAAAUUGUAGUGAAGAAAAGUUUUAAAUAACAUAGUCUAAAUAAUGUAGUCUGUUUCUAUUUUGCAUUCAAAGCAAGAAGGAAGAUGUCACCUCUCAGAACCUGGUUUGGUUAGUUAAUUUAUAGUUGGUCAGUGAAAAUGCAAGUGGGGAAAAAAAGGUGUGUGUGCAUACGUUACUAAUUUCCCUCUCAUAAUGUAAUGUAUUAUUUUUUCACCAGCAUGUACAGUUUCAGAUGUAAAUAUCAUUAUAUCAUCUGCCUGGUGUGGAAGAAUGUAUAAAAGGAGAUUUUUUCUUUAUUAAAUAAAUGUUCACAAUUUU